AUGGCAAUCUUUUCACGCAAGACCGAGGCAUUAUGCCUCGGUUUCAUUUCACUGACGCAGGCUGCAGCUCUCCUACCUCACUCAUACUUCUGGGAAGAGAACGGAACGCACUACUGGUCGUCCCGAGACGGAGGCGACUCCGUCUCCUUGGGUAUCAAAGCAGGCAGAAACCAAACCAUUGCAACAUCGACCAGCAAAUGUACAGUCUUCACAGGAAACGACUCGAUUCCCAUCACGUCGAAUCUUCUGAGUUCGUUUAUCGACUCGUACGGCUCGACAGAUGACGUUUGGUCUGAUUCCUUCCUCGACUGUAUCGUCAUACAGGGGGGAGCCAUUGGAUCCAUCUCAGACUUUGUGGUGGGCAACAACGUUACGACUGUUCUGACCGACAGAGUUAGCAACGUUCAGCUACCUCAAUCUGUUGCAUUCUACACCAUACAGGGAAGCACCGAAAGGUCCCUUAGCAACGGUCCGUAUGACACUUCUCUCAGCUUCAUGAGCGGCAGCCUACUCCUCAACGCCUCAUCCGACUCAUACAUCGCCACGCACUUCGGAAUUCCAUGUGCUCUCCAGCAAGGCAUUGCCGUGCCAUCUCGCCUUUCAUCCCUGCCUGCCACGAAAGACGGCCCUCUCGCGGGGCUGCGUUUCGCCGUCAAGGACGUCAUCGACGUCAAGGGCAUGAAGACCUCGGGCGGCUGCCGCGCGUACUACCAGACAUACGGCCCCCGGGACGCCUCGGCCGACGCCGUCAGCGAGUUCGUGCGAGGCGGGGCGAAGCUCGUCGGGAAGCUGCGCACGACGGCCUUCGCCCAGACCACCCCCGUCAACGGCGGCGAGAUCGACUACCAAGACCCCUGGAACCCGCGCGGCGACGGAUACCAGACCACAGGCGGGAGCAGCAGCGGUUCCGGCUCCGCGGUGUCGUCGUACGACUGGAUCGACUUCGCCCUGGGAUCCGACACGGGCGGAAGCGUGAGGUUCCCGGCGAGGUUCGCGGGGUUGUACGGCUACAAGCCGACAUGGGGCGUCCACAGUAUGAAGGGCGUUUUCAACGGCGUGUCGGAGCUAGAUACCGUUGGCUUUUUGGCCCGUUCUCCCUCUACUUUCAUCACUCUUGCCAGGUACUGGGCUAGAGGGACAUCGCUGGACACGCUUGCGGCAUCGGUUCUUCCGCCGACGCUGACGUAUUGGGCCGACGAGCCAGCGCUGGAGCAGGCCGAGGCGGAGAAGCUGAAGCAAGACUUCUUCGCCAAGGUAGUCGCACUCACCGGCCUGCAGACGACCAGCGUCAACGUCACGGAGAAGUGGAGGGCGUACACCGGGCUCGAGGGCGAGCUCGAGAGCCACACGGGCGACGUCGGCGGGCUGAUGGGCCCGGUGCAGUUCUGGGACACCGUCGGCGCCGAUCUCGUGGAGAAGUACGGCGAGGCGAACGACGGCGCCUGGCCCCCGUCGGACGCCACGGUGCAGGAGUUCAUGGCCAAGGGCUCCGACGCCACCACCCGCGGGCUGUAUCCCGAGUACGACCGGCGGAGGAGGCUGUUCGCGGAGUUCUGGAACACGCAGGUCAGCCGCCGCGCCCUGAACGGCUCGGACACGUGCGGCGAGCGCAUCAUCAUGCACUCGACCCACGUCGCCCCUCUGCAGGAGAAGGUGAAGGCGUCGGUCAGCCACCCGAACCCCGAGACCAACAUUUACCAAAACAUUGCGGGUACGCCUGAGAUCGUGGUGCCCAUCGGUCAGGUUACGUACUUUAGCCCGUACACGAGGAAGGACGAGAAGAUUCCCGUCACGGUCUCGUUUGCUGGGGCCAAGGGCUGCGACCUGCAGCUCUUUGCGCUGUUGGAGAAGCUGAUGCAUGCUGGUCUCGUCAAGGAAGUCUUGGCUGGAAAGCUCGCUUACCCCCUUGAGUGA